CAGGCCCGCGUGGAGAGGAUGGAGCAAUUCCAGAAAGAGAAAGAGGAGCUGGACAAGGGCUGCAGGGAGUGCAAGCGGAAACUCGCCGAGUGCCAGAGGAAACUGAAAGAGCUGGAGCUGGCGGAGCCCGGGGGGGGGUCCGGGGGGGUCCGGGGGGAACGGGAGAGGCUGCAAGCGGAGGCGCAGCAGCUGCGUCACGAGGAGAAGAGCUGGGAGAGCAAACUGGAGGAGCUGCGCAAGAAGGAGAAGAACAUGCCCUGGAACGUCGACACGCUGAGCAAGGACGGCUUCAGCAAGGUGGGCCCCGCUGGGGGGUCUCUGGGGGGGGUCUCUGCCCCAUUGCGGGGUCUCUGGGGGUCCCCGUCCCGUUGUAGGGUGACCCAUGGAGGUCAGGGUGACCCAUGGGGGUUUUUGUCCCACUGUGGGGUCUCUAGGUGUCCCCACCCCAUUCCUUCCUCCUUACAGAAGCAGGCUCUGAUGGAGCAGGUCGCCCACCAGACCAUCGUCAUGCAGUUCAUCCUGGAGCUGGCCAAGAGCCUCAAGGUCGACCCACGCGCCUGCUUCCGCCAGUUCUUCACCAAAAUCAAGACCGCCGACCAGCAAUACAUGGAGGGCUUCAACGACGAGCUGGAGGCCUUCAAGGAGCGCGUGCGCGGCCGCGCCAAGGCACGCAUCGAGCGGGCCGUGCGCGAGUACGAGGAGGAGGAGCGGCAGAAGCGCCUGGGGCCCGGUGGCCUCGACCCUGUAGAGGUCUACGAGUCCCUCCCGCCCGUGAGUACGGCGAUUUUGGGGCCAAAUCCCCGCUUUUUGGGGUUUCCUGCAGUGUGAGGCGUUGGUCGUAGCACCAUUGAGGUCUACAGCGCAUGAGUGUGGCACUUUUGGGUAGAAAUUCACACAUUUUGGGGCGUAUUAUAUUUUGAGUUGUUGGUCAUGACCCUGUAGAGGUCUAAGAGUUUCUUCUGCCCAUGAGUGUGGCACUUUUGGGGAGAAAUUCCCAUUUUUGAUGAUUUCCCAUACUUUGAGUUGUUGGCCAUGACCCUACUGAGGUUUACAACUCCUUCCUGCCCAUCAGUGUGGCAGUUUUGGGGAGAAAUUCCCAUUUUAAUAGUUUUCCAUAUUUUGAGUCGUUGACCGUGAUCCCGUAGAGGUCCACGAGUCCCACCUGCCCGUGAGUCCGGCAAUUUUGGGGCCAAAUCCCCGCUUUUUGGGGUUUCCUGUAGUGUGAGACGUUGGAGUUGUUGGCCAUGACCCCAUUGAAGUCUACAACUCCCUCCUACCCAUGAGUGUGGUAAUUUUGGGGAGAAAUUCCCAUUUUUGAGGGUUUCCCAUCCUUUGAGUCGUUGGCCAUGACCUUGUAGAGGUCUACGAGUCGUUCCUGGCCAUGAAUGUUUCACUUUUGGGGAGAAAUUCCCACUUUUUUGGGUUUCCCAUAUUUUGAGUUGUUGACUGUGAUCCCGUAGAGGUCUACGAGUCCCUCCCGCCCGUGAGUACGGCGAUUUUGGGGCCAAAUCCCCGCUUUUUGGGGUUUCCUGUAGUGUGAGGCGUUGGCCGUAACACCAUCGAGGUGUACAGUUCAAGAGCAUGGCACUUUUGGGGAGAAAUUCCCAUUUUCUGAUAGUUUCCCAUAUUUUGAGUUGUUGGCCAUGACCCCACUGAUGUCUGUGAGUCCCUCUUGCCCGUGAGCAUGGCGAUUUUGGGGCCAAAUCCCCGCUUUUUGGGGGUUUCCUGUAGCGUGAGGCGUUGGCCAUGACCCCAUCGAGGUCUACAGUUCACGAGCGUGGCUCUUUUGGGGAGAAAUUCCCGUUUUUGAUGGUUUCCCACAUUUUGAGCCCUUGGCCAUCCCCCUCG